AUGGCUAACCUCUUGAGUGUGACCGUGGGAGCUGUGCUUCUGGCAAUCGGUGCGAUCUUUUACCAGCGACUUCUAGAUACCCUUUCUCUAAGUGCUAGCCUGAAGGUAGUGGACUCCAUGCGGGAUAUUAUCUACCUUGGCAGUUUAUCCCCUGCUGGCAUUGAGCAUUUCCAGAACAUUUUCUACGCAGAGGAGCCUACGGGCCAGCGACGAUUCGCAGCACCUGUUCCGACAAGACCGGCAAAGGGAUCUGUCAUUGACGCCACGCGGGCUGGUGCCUGGUGUCCACAGGGAACGGGAGAUAUCCUUCCGUUCACAAGUAGAGUGACCAACAUCAGCGAAAACUGUCUGAGCCUGAGAAUUGCAAGGCCGGCAGGAACACAGAAAGAUGCAAAAAUCCCAGUUGCGGUUUGGAUCCAUGGAGGUGGUCAUGCUUUAGGCUCAGCUUCCGAUAUCCUUUACGAGCCAGACGGCUUGGUAAAGUUGGCUGUUUCUGAUGGGAUGCCGCUCAUAUAUGUUGGCAUAAACUACCGCCUGGGCAUAUUCGGCUUCGCAACCAGCAAGGCGUUGAUUGACAAAAGGGAUACAAAUGCAGGGCUUCGGGAUCAGCGUCUCGCUUUGGAGUUGACUGUGAUCGGACAAAGCGUGGGAGCUAGUGAUAUUGGCCUGCAGCUAACGGCCUUUGGCGGGGACCAAGAUGUUCCAUUUCAACAAGCAAUAAUGAUGUCCGGCGGUCCAGGGCUGAAUUUCAACAGCAAGCCAGGUCUGGUUGCGAACAAUACUGCAGCAAUCGCUCAGCAAUUAGGAUGCCAGCGUAAGGACGACUCGCAGACAUUGGAGUGUCUUCGAGAUGUUCCCUUUGAGCAACUGACCAACUUAUCGGUUGCUGCAUCUCGCGCAGCGCGUCCACCUUUCGGCGAAGGGUAUUUUUAUCCAACGAUCGAUGGUGACUUUAUUCAAGAUAGGCCAUCGCAGUUGCUGCGCGCAGGGAAAUUCGCCAAGGGGAUAUCCUUAGUAGCUUCCUGGGUCACAAACGAUGGCGCCUGGUACGCGCUGCCGACCACGGCGACAGAUGAUGAGGUUCUUGGGAGUUUCGGACUAUGGCUGCACAAUCUCUCAGAGCCCACAAAAGAGAGGCUCCUUCAGCUGUAUCCCUUGGAGGAUUUCAAACACAUGAUUAAGCCAGAGAAUGAGGGCCGUAUUUCACCGCAGUAUUAUCGCGCAGCACAGCUGAACCGCGAUAUCUGGUUCACUUGCCCAGUCCUUGAUUUCACUUGGCAGUACGUCGAAGCCGGGGGCGUAGAAGCCUCUCGGGUGCGGCUAUAUGAGUUCAAUGAAACUCGAUACGCGCCGGUCUUUGAUUCCAUGGGUGUGUCAAUGUGGGGUGUAGCGCAUCUCAGUGAUAUCCCCUACCUAUUCUACAAUGACCACCUAGGGGCUGGUGCGGACAACUCGGACGCUCAACUUGCGCUGGCUCGAGAUUUCAGUCAAAGAAUUAUCCAGUUCGUGCACGGCACUUCUGGAGGGGUAGGUGAUCGGCUUCAGCCAUGGCCGCCUGCCUUCUUGAAUGAUCUUUCGAAAUUUUCAACCGGAGACAUGCCAAGUCAUAUCUCAUUGCUGCUGUUUGGUGGGCCCGAUGGGUCAACGCCCGCUAGCUGUAAUGAAGGUGUUGGAGCUGACGUGGAAACCUUGACUGACGCAGAGAAAGCCCUCCAUUGGGAACAGCUGUUCAGUCGUUGUGCAUUUAUCAACGGGCAGCGAUUUAGAGAGGAAGCAGGGGUGUGA